UGAAUCCCACAAUCCCAAGGCAAUGGACAUCUGAAUCCCAAGCUUCCUUGAAUCCCUGUCCUCAAUCCUGAUAACCCCUCACUCCCCUGAUCAGCUUCUGACCGGGCCAGUGAUUCCGAGGAGGGGAUUCAGCCUUUCCCUGACCUUUGCCAACAUUUACUUGGAGUUUCCUAGAGGAACCACACGAAGCGCGUUUCUGUUUUGGGCAAAUUUCCGUUCGGCUCUCUUCCUUGCGGACAUACAGUUCGGUACCCAGUUAAACGGAGACUAGUUUCGACCAGUUACACAAAAUCCAUGGCAGAGGAGAAAGCUGGCAGUGGCUUUUAUGCUGACAUUGUCGAUGGCGAUGUGUAUAAGUAUUUCGCGCACGGCGAAUGGAAAUCGUCGUCGUCAGGCAGAUCAGUCAACAUCAUAAAUCCAUGCACCCGUACUGUCGUGUAUAGAGUCCAAGGGUGCACGCAGGAUGAGGUGGACGGCGUCUUCGAGAGCGCGACGAUAGCGCAGAAGCGGUGGGCAAAGACGCCGCUGUGGAAGCGCGCCGAGCUGCUGCACAAGGCCGCUCACAUCCUUCGCGAGCACAAGGAACCCAUCGUCGACUGCCUCGUUACAGAAGUCGCCAAGGCUCGCAAGGACUCCAUCACCGAGGUGCUUCGGUCAGCUGACUUCGUGUCCUACUGUGCGGAGGAGGGCGUGCGGCUGCUGGCGGAGGGCAAGUUCCUGGUGGGGGACAGCUUCCCUGGCAACGACCGCACCAAGCUGUGCAUGGCAUCUAAGGUGCCGCUGGGAGUGGUGUUGUGCAUCCCGCCCUUCAAUUACCCCGUCAACCUUGCUGUCUCCAAGAUCGCCCCCGCCCUGAUCGCUGGCAAUGCCGUCGUGCUCAAGCCCCCCACUCAGGGCGCGGUGGCAGGGCUGCACAUGGUGCGGUGCUUCCAGGAGGCGGGGUUCCCCAAGGGGCUCAUCAGCGCCGUCACUGGCAAGGGCUCGGACAUCGGGGACUUCCUCACCAUGCACCCCGCUGUCAACUGCAUCAGCUUCACAGGCGGCGACACGGGCAUUGCCAUCAGCCGCAGGGCGGGCAUGAUUCCACUACAGAUGGAGCUGGGCGGCAAGGAUGCGUGCAUUGUGCUGGAGGACGCUGACCUGGACCUUGCUGCUGCCAACAUCGUCAAAGGAGGCUUCUCGUACAGCGGCCAGCGGUGCACGGCUGUGAAGGUGGUGCUGGUGAUGGAGGAUGUGGCAGACGCGCUGGUGGAGCGGGUGAAUUCCAGGCUGGCGAAGCUCACAGUGGGGCGGCCGGAGGAUGACGCUGACAUCACUCCGGUGGUCAGCGAGUCGAGCGCUAAUUUCAUUGAGGGGCUUGUGCUGGACGCCAGGGAGAAGGGCGCCUUGUUCUGCCAGGAGUUCAAGCGAGAUGGCAAUCUCAUCUGGCCCCUACUCGUGGAUCACGUGCGGCCCGACAUGCGACUGGCGUGGGAGGAGCCCUUCGGCCCCGUCGUGCCAGUCAUCCGCAUCACCACAGUGGAGGAGGGCGUGCACCACUGCAACGCUAGUAACUUCGCACUGCAGGGCUGUGUGUUCACGCGCGACAUCAACAAGGCCAUCAUGAUAUCAGACGCCAUGGAGACAGGCACCGUGCAGAUCAACUCAGCGCCCGCCAGAGGGCCCGAUCACUUCCCCUUCCAGGGCUUCCGCGAGAGUGGCAUCGGAUCCCAGGGGGUUACCAACAGCAUUCUCAUGAUGACCAAAGUGAAAUCAACGGUCAUCAACCUUCCCGCUCCAUCCUACAGCAUGGCCUAGGUUGGCAACAUUCCCAUUACUAUGAGCAUUUUCAUGAUGACCAAAGUGAGAUCAAUGGUCAUCUCAUCAACCUACUCGCACCUUUCCCACGGCACGGCCAUGUACCACUACCUUAUAUAUUUUCAUCCUGACCACCUCCACGCUAUUGAUGGUAUAUGUUACAGUAUGUGUUUUAGAUGCCAAUAUUUGGUGUGUGCACUAGAAAUCGAACAGGUGGGUUCACGUUGUCACCAUAGGUACGCAAGCAUUUACGAAGAGAAGAAUGUAAGGUGAACGAAGGUGUUGGGCUGAGAAAAGCCCUUAGGAUCUUUUGCAGAGACUAAGUCCCAGCUGUAGAGACUUGAGACUUG